GGUCACCUAGAAGAGCCGACUCAAAGAUCCGACUCGUUCGCCGAGUCGUCACUGCAGAAAGCCAGUCAGCAGGUUGUUUCCAUCACUCAGAGCUGAGGAUUGUGCUGCUGGACAUUGAGAGUGAAGGGAAGGAGCUCCAGCGGCUGGUUGAGAAAUGUGGGAACAGGUAUCAUGUUCUCAACAAUGAGAACCGGAGUGAUGGCGCUCAGGUCACAGAGCUGCUGGAGAAAAUAAAGUGACGACAUACAGUGGACAUUAUUUUGAAAGAUAUCACGGUGGGUUUGAGAGAGGAGGAUCACCGAAAACGAGAUAAGUGGAGAGGCUGAUGAAUAAGCAGAAACAGAGAGAAGACUUUAGAUUAAAAAUGUGUGAAACAAACCAUCUCUCAGAGCUGAGGAUUGUGCUGCUUGGGUGUUUAGAAGCUGGGAAAAGUUCAGCAGGAAACACCAUCCUGGGCAGAGAGGAGUUUGACUCACAGAUAACUGCUCAGUGUGUGAAGAGACAAGGAGAAGUAGCAGGGAGACGCAUCACUGUGGUUGAAGCUCCAGGAUGGUGGAUUAAUAGUCUUGUGGAAGAGAGCACUGAGUUUCGUAAGCAGGAGAUUGUGCUCAGUGUGUCUCAGUGUCCUCCAGGACCUCAUGCCGUACUGUUGGUCAUACCUUUGGGCAUCCAGUUUACAGAGAACGACAGAACAGCAUUGCAGAAACAUCUGAAACUCCUUACUGAGAGCGUCUGGAGUCACACUAUAGUUCUGUUCACCUGUGGAGACUCUCUGGGAGACACACCCAUAGAGAAGCAUGUUGAGAGUGAAGGGAGGGCCCUCCAGUGGCUGGUUGAGAAAUGUAGGAACAGGUAUCAUGUUCUCAACAAUGAGAACCGGAGUGAUGACACUCAGGUCAAAGAGCUGCUGGAGAAGAUAGAGGAGAUGGUGGCAGCAAACAGUGGACGUCAAUUUGAACUAGACAGAGAGAUUUUGGAGGAGGUGGAAGAGAAGAGGAAAGUAGAGGAAGACAGAGCGAAAGAGAGGACGACGAAGGUGCAGAAACGGAGAAAGGACAUUCAAGCAAAAAUGGGUGACAAACAUCGUCUCUCGGAGCUGAGGAUUGUGCUGCUGGGAUACAGAUAUUCUGGGAAAAGUUCGUCAGGAAACACCAUCCUGAACAGAGUAAAGUUUGAGUUAAAGAGAACUGCUCAGUGUGUGAAGAGACAGAGAGAGGUAGCAGGGAGACACAUCACUGUGGUUGAAGCUCCAGGAUGGUGGAGGAAUGUACGUGUUGAAGACAGUGAUGAGCAAAUUAAACAGGAGAUUGUGCUCAGUGUGUCUCUGUGUCCUCCAGGACCUCACUGUCUGCUACUGGUCAUACGUGUGGACUCUAAGUUAAAAACAAAACAGAGAAAAGCAUUAGAGGGACACCUGGAACUUCUAGCUGAUACAGUCUGGAAUCACACUAUAGUGCUGUUCGCCUGUGGAGACCGUCUGGGAGACACAUCCAUAGAGCAGCACAUUGAGAGUGAAGGGAAUGCCCUCCAGUGUCUGGUUGAGAAAUGUGGGAACAGGUAUCAUGUUCUCAACAAUGAGAACAAGAGUGAUAAAACUCAGGUCACAGAGCUGCUGGAGAAGAUAGAGGAGAUGGUGGCAGCAAACAAUGGAUACCAUUCUGAAAUGGGAAAAAAUGUUACAGAGAUGAGUGGGCUAGCAGAAAAUUUGAGAACAAACAGACAGAUAACACGCAAGCAGAGAAAGAGGAAAUCCAAGUCCACUACAAGUUCAGAUGCUGAAUUUGUGGAUAAACACAUGGAACAACUCAUUCAGAGAGUUUCCUCAGUAAAGGAGAUUGCAGACCACCUGAUGGGGAAAAUGACUCAGGAAAUAUACAAUAACAUUGUAACUGCAAGUCCACAUCAGCAGCAAAUGAGGAUGUUGUACAUAGAAGUGCUAAACCCAGGAGGAGCAACUGUGAAAGCUGAAUUCUAUAGAAUCCUUAAAAGGAAGCAACCUUACCUAGUGGAAGAUCUGGAGGCUAGACCAGCAGGGUCUUUGGAUGAGGCUAUACCAGACAGACCUAUACCACCUCCCCCGGAGGAUAUGGAUGGGGUGUCGUUUUACGACGUCCCCAGGUUGCUGGACUCCCGGAGACGAGGAGGCAGCCUAGAGUACCUGGCACUCCCUAGUUCAUUUUCAGUCUGUAGGUGGAAUAUACCACCAGAAGAAAGCACAGAAUUACUGAAAGAAGAGAUUUUGCUCAGUGUGUCUCUGUGUCCUCCAGGACCGCAUGCACUACUGUUGGUCAUAUCUACUGCUGUCUCUUUUAAAGAGAUACACCGAUAUACUACAGAGGGAUACCUUAAGCUUCUUGGUGAUAAAGUCUGGAGUCAUACUGUAGUGCUUUUCAUCUAUAGGGACUGGCUGGGAGACACACCCAUAGAGCAGCACAUUGAGAAUGAAGGAAAGGAGCUCCAGUGGCUGGUUGAGAAAUGUGGGAACAGGUAUCAUGUUCUCAACAAUGAGAACAGGAGUGAUGACACUCAGGUCACAGAGCUGCUGGAGAAGAUAGAGGAGAUGAUGGCUGCAAACAGUGGACGCCAUUUUGAAAUUGACAGAAAAAUUCUACAGGAGGUGGAAGAAAUAAAGAAGAGAUAAAGAAGAGAGAAAAAAGCUAUUGAUAGGAUGAUCAAGGUGCAGAAACAGAGAGAGGACAUCAGGUGUCAGAUGAGUGACACUCACCAUCUCUCAGAGCUGAGGAUUGUGCUGCUAGGUUUUGCAUAUACUGGAAAGAGUUCAGCAGGAAACACCAUCCUGAACAGAGAGGAGUUUGAGUUAAAGAGAACUGCUCUGUGUGUGAAGAGACAGAGAGAAGUAGCAGGACGAAACAUCACUGUGGUUGAAGCUCCAGGAUGGUGGAGUAAUAAACCUGUAGAGGACAGCACUGAAUUACUGAAACAGGAGAUUGUGCUCAGUGUGUCUCUGUGUCCUCCAGGACCUCAUGCUCUACUAUUGGUUGUAAAUGUGGUCAGUGUAUUCAAAGAAAAUGAGAGAAAAAUACUUGAUGGAUAUUUGGAGCUUCUCACUGAUUCACUGUGGAGUCACACUAUAGUGCUGUUCACCUGUGGAGACUGUCUGGGAGACACACCCAUAGAGCAGCACAUUGAGAGUGAAGGGAAGGAGCUCCAGUGGCUGGUUGAGAAAUGUGGGAACAGGUAUCAUGUUCUCAACAAUAAGAACUGGAGUGAUGACACUCAGGUCACAGAGCUGCUGGAGAAGAUAGAGGAGAUGGUGGCAGCAAACAGUGGACGCCCUUUUGAAAUGGACAGAAAGAUUCUACAGGAGGUGGAAGAGAAGAGGAGAGCAGAGGAAGAGAGAGCUAAAGAGAGGAUGAUGAAGGUGAAGAAACAGAAAAAGCACAACAGGUCACAGAUAGGUGACACUCACCAUCUCUCAGAGCUGAGGAUUGUGCUGCUAGGUGUUGCAAAUAUUGGAAAGAGUUCAGCAGGAAACACCAUCCUGAACAGAGAGGAGUUUGAGUUAAAGAGAACUGCUCAGUGUGUGAAGAGACAGAGAGAAGUAGCAGGACGAAACAUCACUGUGGUUGAAGCUCCAGGAUGGUGGAGUAAUAACCCUGUAGAGGAGAGCACUGAGUUACUGAAACAGGAGAUUGUGCUCAGUGUGUCUCUGUGUCCUCCAGGACCUCAUGCUCUACUAUUGGUUGUAAAUGUGGUCAAUGUAUUCAAAGAAAAUGAGAGAAAAAUACUUGAUGGAUAUUUGGAGCUUCUCACUGAUUCACUGUGGAGUCACACUAUAGUGCUGUUCACCUGUGGAGACUGUCUGGGAGACAUAUCCAUAGAACAUCACAUUGAGAGUGAAGGGAAGGAGCUCCAGUGGCUGGUUGAGAAAUGUGGGAACAGGUAUCAUGUUCUCAACAAUAAGAACUGGAGUGAUGACACUCAGGUCACAGAGCUGCUGGAGAAGAUAGAGGAGAUGGUGGCAGCAAACAGUGGACGCCCUUUUGAAAUGGACAGAAAGAUUCUACAGGAGGUGGAAGAGAAGAGGAGAGCAGAGGAAGAGAGAGCUAAAGAGAGGAUGAUGAAGGUGAAGAAACAGAAAAAGCACAACAGGUCACAGAUAGUGAACAUGGAGGAGAGCUCAGAUAAAUCUUUGGUGGGAGGAUCAUUCAGAUCACGAACAGCAGAUUUUUAUGCAUCAGCACAUUCCAUAGACUCAUCUCACACCUCUGGAAAUGGAUCUUUAAGAUCCAUUCCUGAAUCUCUGCACUUGGAAAGGUCUAAUAGCUUGAGAGAACCACCAACCAUGAGCAGAGAGAAGAGCUCAGAUAAAUCUUCUGUAGGAGGAUCAUUUAGAUCACGAUUAGGACCAUCACGAUCAUCAACACGAUCUAAAGACUCAUCUCACAGCUCUGGAUUUGGUUCUUUAACAUCUAUUCCUGAAUCUCUGCAUUUGGAAAGGUCUGAUAGCAUGAGAGAACCACUAACCAUGAGUAAAGAGAAGUCAGAUACCUGGUCUCUGGGAAGUUCUGCAUAUGGCUCUUUCAGAUCUCGAUCAGGACCUGACUCUGAUUCUGUUUAUGGAUCAGCACGUUCCAGUGUCUCAGCCCACAGCAGCAGAUCUUUACCGGCAAUUCCCAAAUCUGUUCAAAAACCAAAAGGAAAAGUUCAGUUUCCAAAAAUUGGAAAAUUUUUCAGACUCUCGUCCAGCAAAGAAGACAAUGAGGAUACAGCUGCAGUGGAACAUAAACUGAAAAAGUGAGCUGUUGUUUAACAGUGGUAGAACAUAUUUUUUGUUUUUUAGUAUCUGUGUAUAGUUGAUCACAAUGAGAAUAUAAUCUCUUCCACAUCACUGAAAUGAACCCUAACCUGGUGGUUAAUUGGCAACAGGUCAGUAACAUGAUUGGGUAUAAAAAGAGCAUCUCAGAGAGGCUGAGUCUUUCAGAAGUAAUGAUGCGGGAUGGGUUUGCCUCCCUGUGAAUGACUGCACAAUCAAAUAUAACAAUUCAAGAAUAACAUCUCAAUAUAAAAUAGCAAAGGCCCAUUAAUGCUG